AGCAUCAUAAAGUGCAAUACUGAAUGUGAUUUAUAAUUUCAUCUAAGUGUGAACCCUUGAAAUUAAAGACAUUAAGUGAACAUACUUGUUAAUUUGCACAUCAGUUGAGGGGAAAUGGAAGCAUGAUGUGCUGAUUAGAAGUCCAUCUGUCUAUAUAAAGCUUGAGCUGGUGUCUGAAGACUUCAGUUGGCGAUGGCUUCUUCCAAACUGCUCACUGUGUUCUUACUGGUCUUCAACAUUGAAGGUUUGUUUGGUGAUGGUGUGAAGACCUCCAUCAUUGGAGGAAAUGAUGCAAAACAAGGGGACUGGCCGUGGAUGGUUUACAUCUUGGCUACCGACGGGAAGAAGGAGUGGAGCUGUGGCGGCUCGAUCGUCAGCAACCGGUGGGUGCUGACUGCAGCAAGCUGCUUCGAUGAACAGCUGAAUGUGAACGUGCAUCGCUCAAUGGUAUGGGUCGGCGCGCACAGCCUGCUGAAGGGGGGUGUGCGUUACAUGGGUAUAACUUAUGUGAUCCAACACCCUCAGUACCAACGUCACGCGGGCGGCUAUGUCAACAACAUUGCCCUGUUGAGACUGAAAAAAAUUGACCUUUCAAACCUGGUCAAGGCCAUCAGUCUGCCCAACAGUCAUGACACCUUCGAUUCCAAAUCGGAGUGCUGGAUCACCGGCUGGGGCAGUAUUAAGAAUGGUGUCCCACUGGGUGGUAAAAAAAUCCUUCAGGAACUGAAAAUUGCCAUCAUCUCGCAGAGCGACUGUAAGGCUGUGUAUCCGACGCUGACUGACAAUAUGCUGUGUGCAGGAGACAUGAAUGGAGGGAAAGACGCCUGCACUGGAGAUUAUGGUGGUCCACUGGUGUGUACCAGAUCUGGAAGGCUUGUGCAAGUGGGCAUCAUGAGUUAUGGGAGUCCUCGGUGCGGUCUCCCAAGAAGCCCUGGUGUCUACACCAAAGUAUCUGACUACCUGAACUUCAUCAAUAACUAUAUCCAGAGUGAUGUGGAAACUUCUGCUGAGGUUUAAAAUCCCCAUAUAUUCAACCUGCCCUUUGAGCUAAUGCUGCAACCUUGUUCAUUUUCAGUUACAUUGUUUGCAAUAAAGCUUCAUUGCAUUAUCUGUA